CAGCACCGUCUUCCGCCGCACGUGGCUGCAGCGCGAUGCCCAAAUCCAAGCGCGACAAGAAAGUCUCCCUCACCAAAACCGCCAAGAAAGGCUUAGAACUGAAACAGAACUUGAUAGAAGAGCUUCGGAAAUGUGUGGACACAUACAAGUACCUCUUCGUCUUCUCCGUGGCCAACAUGAGGAACAGCAAGCUGAAGGAUGUCCGCAGUGCCUGGAAGCACAGCCGGAUGUUCUUUGGCAAAAACAAAGUGAUGAUGGUGGCCCUGGGUCGAAGCCCAUCUGACGAGUACAAAGACAAUCUGCAUCAGGUCAGCAAGAAGUUGAGGGGUGAAGUUGGUCUCCUUUUCACCAAUCGCACUAAGGAGGAAGUGAACGAGGGGUUCACGAAAUACACGGAGAUGGACUACGCCCGAGCUGGGAACAAAGCCACUUUCACCGUGAGCCUGGAUCCGGGGCCCCUGGAGCAGUUCCCGCACUCCAUGGAGCCACAGCUGAGGCAGCUGGGCCUGCCCACGGCCCUCAAGAAAGGUGUGGUGACCCUGCUGUCCGACUACGAGGUGUGCAAGGAGGGUGAUGUGCUGACCCCGGAGCAGGCCCGUGUCCUGUAUGAAAUGGCUGAAUUCAAGGUGACCAUCAAGUACGUGUGGGACGCGGAGUCCGGAAGGUUCCAGCAGAUGGGAGAUGACUUGCCAGAGAGCGCGCCCGAGUCGGAAGUAGAAUCAGAGGAAGACGACGACAGCUGACGUGCACUUGGGACGGGACCUCCGGGCCUGCUCCAGCCUUGUCUGGACUGGACGGCGUGAGACUGCUGCAGCCCUCUCGGGGGAGCUGCCGUGUGUUUUGCUGUGGAUGCACACAAGGGAGGGUGACAGGGACAGGCUAUCCUAUAAAUAAUGAAACUUUGGCAGCAGGGUGUCUCCUCCAAAAGGGACUUUUCUAGGAAAAAACCCUUGGGUUUGGGCUUUGGUUUGGACCCCCAGGAUUCUUAGUUCACCUCAAGCCAGUUUCCAGCACUGGCUCCUGUGUGACCACUGGCCGGGCGGCCCUGGGAGCACAAGAGGAACCGCCUUCUCCUUUCCUCUGGCCCUCGGCGCCCCUGGCUUGAAACUGGGAUUUGUUUGAGGAAAACAGGCACCCUGCCUGCCGCCCUCCUACCCCUACUCUCUAUUCUCUUUCCCACCCGCAACCCCCAAAACCAGGGCCGAGAAACUUGUGGAUGACCAGGAGACAGGACGUGUUGGCUAAAGCAAAAAUAAAGCCACUGC